UACUCAGCCACUUCAAAAUUGUAGCUACAAUGAUUCUGCAAUUUGCACUGUUUCAAAUCAUUACUUUGAUAAUACGUCCCAUAUAUACACUAGCAUCUGUCGAAGGUUCUGUUAUAGCACAACCUGGUUGUGAUUCGACAUGUGGAGAAGUUGACAUCCCUUACCCUUUUGGGAUGAAAGAUCCAAAAUGCUAUGGAGGCAAGUGGUUUGAAAUAGAAUGCAGAAACAGUACUUCUCAAGGUGAGAAACCUUACCUGAAAUCUUUAAAUCUGGAAGUAACAUCCAUUGAUGAAGAGCGAAGCACAAUUCUAAUCAAGAAUCCGAUUUACCAUUCAAACUGCAAAGGCAAAAGCGCUAAGCCAGUUGUUAUAAACCUGAGAGGAAGCCCUUUCGUGUAUUCCCAGGUGUACAACAAAUUUGUAGCCGUUGGUUGCAACAAUCUUGCUUUUUUGAGGUCAAAUGGGUCAACUGUUGGUGGUUGUGUUUCCAUUUGUGAUGACAACGAAGAAGUUAAUUACGAUAGCUUUGUCCAAGGAAGCGGUGGUUGUCAUGGCAGGUACUGCUGCGAGACUUCACUGCCUUUGUCUCUUUCAGAAUAUAAUGCAACGGUUGAAGAUCUAAGGAACGAAGGUGUGAGUCAUCAGUGUAGUUAUGCGUUAAUUGCAAGAGGCGAUUGGCUCCAGAGCUACUAUAUCUAUGAAUCUGAAUCAUCUAAUCAGAUAUUUGGUGAACUGAAAAAUAUGGAUUAUGUUCCUGCGAUGCUUGAGUGGGAGAUCUUAAACGAGAUGUUGAACAAUUCCAUCUUAAAACUUCCUUCAGAUGGAAACUGCUAUGACUCUAAUGUUACAUCUUCACAAAACACAACCUCAGGUGGUCUGAGAUGUAACUGCUUCUUUGGCUUCGCUGGCAAUCCCUACAUUGCUGGAGGCUGCACAGCUAUACCAGGGUUCUUUACUACGAAUAGUCAAGCGAAGAAAAGGGCUAUAAUAGGAGUUUUGUCAAGCAUCGGAUCCAUAAUUUUGCUACUCCUUCUAUGGCAGCUGCGUAAAUUUGUAAGGAAAAGAAUGAUAAAGAAACGCAAAGAAAAAUUCUUCAAAAAAAAUGGUGGUUUGUUGUUGCAGCAAAGAUUGACUUCUGGUGAAGUUAAUAUUGAUAAAACUAUUCUCUUCAGCUUAAAGGAAUUAGAAAAGGCCACAGACAACUUCAAUAUGAAUAGAGUUCUUGGAAAAGGAGGCCAAGGUACCGUUUACAAAGGCAUGCUAGUUGAUGGUAGAAUUGUUGCAGUGAAAAAGUUUAAGGUCGAAGGAAAGGUUGAAGAAUUCAUCAACGAGUUUGUCAUUCUUUCACAAAUAAACCAUAGAAAUGUGGUUAAGUUGUUAGGAUGUUGUUUGGAAACAGAAAUCCCCUUGCUUGUCUAUGAAUUCAUUCAUAAUGGUAACCUUUUUGAGUAUUUGCAUGAUGAAAAUGAGGACUUACCAAUGACAUGGGAUAUGCGUUUGAGAAUUGCCACUGAAAUUGCAGGAGCUCUAUUUUACUUACACUCACUUACAUCCCAACCCAUUUAUCAUAGAGACAUCAAAUCAACAAAUAUAUUGUUAGAUGAAAAGUAUAGGGCAAAAGUAGCAGACUUUGGAGCAUCUAGAAUAGUUUCCAUUGAAGCUACUCAUCUCACCACAGUAGUUCAAGGUACUUUUGGAUACUUGGAUCCUGAGUAUUUUCAAACUAGUCAAUUUACAGAAAAAAGUGAUGUCUAUAGUUUUGGGGUAGUUCUUGUUGAACUUUUAACUGGGAAGAAGCCAAUAUCCUCAACAAUAUCUAAGGAAACCAGGAGUUUGGCUUCAUAUUUUGUUCAGUGUAUGGAGGAGAAUAGUCUGUUUGACAUUGUCGAUAAAAGAGUCACGGAUGAAGGGGAGAAAGAACAUAUAGUUGCAAUUGCCAAUCUUGCAAAUAGAUGCUUAGAGAUGAAUGGGAGAAAAAGACCAACUAUGAAAGAAGUCACAUUGGAAUUAGAAGAGAUUCGGAGAUUGGAUAACAAGUCUAAUGCACAGAAAAUUCAUGAAGAAAUUGUUCUUGUUGGAAUUGAAGACUACCAACCUUGGAGUGGAUACUCUGCAUCAAAUUCAUUGCCAACUCUAAGUAGCUGAGCCUUUUCCUUAGACUCGGAUGUUAUGCCUAUCCUUACAUUAAGAUAAUAGGUGAAUUUUUUUAAAUUUAUUUCCCUAUUAUUAGAGAUAUAAUAAAAUUAUUCAUGUAUUUUAUCAUAAAUGAUUCUUGUAUUAUCUAACAUAAAGGACAAUUGACU